UGGAAGCGAGCAGCGGCGGCUCUUUGCUGGCUCCGGGCUCCUUCGGGGAAGUUUUAUAUUGUUUAUAUCCGCUUUUUUUUUUAUGAAAGGAAAAUAAAUACCUUGUUUCCUAGAAACUUUUAAUACUUUCAUACGCUCGUUUUUAGACCUUUUCUUACGACUCGCUGGCAUGGAUUGGCUUUAGCUUGCUAGCUUGGAAAAACUGGAUUUUUUUCCCCUCUCCCCCCUCUCUCUCCUGCUUUUGACAAAGGCUGCCGAUGAGCCAGCGAAGACACCAGACGAGAUAAUAAUCAGUGUUCGAUUUGCGAUUAUCAUAGUUUUUAACAGUACAAUUCAGUUUCGUUUUUUCUGAUGCACCGUCUUCCCUGUAUUUAAAAAAAAAACGCGAGCUGUCGUCGUCGCCGUCCGCGGAGCUAACGUUAAACCCUGAAGGCAGCAGCUAACAUCAGCCUCGGGGGAGAAUGACGGAGGUUCAGCUGAUCAAUAUCCAACGGUUACUGGAAGCUGCGGAAUAUCUAGAGAGGAAAGAAAGAGAGUGUGAACACGGGUAUGCCUCCACGUUCCCGUCAAACGAGGACACGAACUACCAGAGGCAAAGGAAAUUCCGGAAUAAGAAGUUUAGCAGUAACCACAAUCGGUCGACACACAAUGAACUGGAGAAGAAUAGACGAGCUCACCUGCGGCUGUGUCUGGAGCGGUUGAAGUCCCUCAUACCUCUGGGACCUGACUGCAACCGCCACACCACCCUGGGCCUGCUCAACAAAGCCAAAUCACACAUAAAGAAACUUGAAGAUGCGGAUAGGAAGAGCCAGUAUCAGCUGGAGUCUCUGGAGCGUGAGCAGAGGCACCUCCACCGUCAGCUGGAGCUGCUGAGGGGGGGCAGCGGUGCUGUAGCCCAGAGUAGCCCAGGGGAGGGCGAGAGGAUACGUAUGGACAGCGUGGGCUCCACCCUCUGUUCCGACCGCUCGGACUCUGACCAAGAGGAGAUCGAGGUGGACGUGGAAAGCACAGAGUUCUCCCAUGGAGAGCUGGACAGUGUGAGCACGGCCAGCACCAGCGACCUGGACGACCACAGCAGCCUGCAGAGCAUGGCCAGCGACGAGGGCUACUCCUCCUGCAGUGUCAAACUUGCCUUCUCCUCCUAGAGCCCCCCCACCACCAGUACGCCCACCACCAUCGCCGCCACCCCCCCUGCCAAACCCAGCCGCCCUCCCAUCUGUUUAUCCACACAGCCAUGCCUACAUGCAUACACCCGUUCACCUCAGACGACACCCAGGGUCCCAGCUAGUGUCUGAGCAGCACCCCCCCCCCCCCUUCGCCUGCUCCCAGCAUUUUAGUUGCCCUCCCUGCCAGGGACCCAUAUGAUGUGAGACUGACGACUGGUUCUGGUCUUCUUCUCUUCUUUUAAAGGGAGGUCAGAGACUUGGUUGACGUGAAAAAAAUGAUACAGCACCGUGAUUUUUAAAACCUUGCAAUUGAAAUGAAUGAUUGAUUUUACUCCUUUUUACUCCAAACCUUAAAAUGUCUGGAUUUUUUCUAAAGAUUCACAAUCGAUCCCCAAUUUGAUUCAAAAUGCACUUAAAUGUUGAAAUAAUUCCAAAUCCCUCCUCCUGUGGGUGUGUGUGUGUGUUUGGAGCUGAUCCUCCGUAUCCCAAUCCUUUGUGGUGUUGGGCCGGGAUAAUCGGGAGCACAUCUAAUCGGGACUUCAAUGAACACUGUGGGUGAACUUUGCCAUAUCAACACAGCUGAAACAACAUCUUUCCAGCCCCUGAUUGAAGCUGGAACACUUGAAUUGGUGCUAUAGUGAGACAAACCAAUGGGAAAGCAGAUCAGAUACACAACCACUAAGCUUUUAAAGCAAACAAAGCAUGUCUGUUAUGAUUGUUUCCAACCAAGUGUGGAGGGAAACAACCCCCCAAAAAAUAUAUAUGGAGGGAAAAAAUACAUUCCUAUCGAAUGUGGGUGCUCAGUGCAUUUUCAAAGAGUGGAAAUUGUAACUGUGUGUGUGUGUGUGUAUGUGCGCGCCUGUGUGUGUGUUUUCGUUUUGGUUUCUUCCCCCUCGACAAGCAGCUACAACAAGCCAUCCUGCACUUGCCUACUUUAGCGCUGUCCACAGAAACAGCACAAACAAACCAAGAAGUAAAAGAGAUAAAAAGUCCAAACGAAAAAGUCGACAAACUUUGGAAUAGACGCCCAACCUCUUUCCAGCAGUAACAAGCAAUAACUCUUGUAGUAGUUUUAUUUUUGUUUUGUCCCAUCAGUUUAAAAACCCUCCCGGUUUCUUUUCCCCUCUCCCUAAAGACACGUGUGUGUGUGUGUGUGACCGUCCAAAAAAAACAGAUUUCUAGUUUUUUCUUUGUACAUACAAAUAGCUCAAAUAAAUAAAAGUUUAGAAAAGAGAUUUAAAAACAAAAAAAAGGGUAGAGCUCAUGGCUAGACAUGUUGCCUCUGUUGCUGGUUGACCUGUGUUUAUUGUGCUUUUUAGAUUCAGAUUUACGGAAAGAUGUCGUCCUCUACAGAGUGACAGUGGAUGUGGCAUGGACACUAUUUAACUCUGCUCAGUUUUUAUUGAUGGAAACGUUUGAGAGUUACUCGUUUCCGUUGCUUCCCAGAGGAGGAAAGGCGAUUUAUUCUCCAACACGAUAAAAAAAAAACACAAAACGACAAAAACAAAAAAAGCGUUGCAGUGAGACGUGUGUUGGAGGAUGUCUGUGGGUCACUCUCUUAUAAUUUAUUAGACUUUUUUUUUUUUUUUUUUUUCUUUUUCUCGUGUUUGUAUUGUUCAUGAACAGGGGGUUAAAAAAUGCUGCAUAUGGCAUUCAUUCCACUGGUGGUCAGGUGUUCUGUGGAGGAAAACGUCUGAGGUGCAGGGGGGGAGAAAAAAAAAAAAAACGGGUUAUAUGAUGAUGUCACUGUUCGCCAUCCCAGCUCCAUUGGUGUUACAGAUUGCACUUCCACCACAGUUCUCCUCACGUUUUUCUGAUUUUAUUAUUCUCUCUCUUUCCUGCCGUCAGUCCCCGUGAAUCCUCUCAUGUCUGGAAGAGAAAGGAAAAACAAACAGCGCCACCGUUUUGAAUAUUUAUUUCUCAAGUCCCUCGAAGAACCCAAGCGACGGGGUGAAAGAAAAGUUAACUUAUUUUGGUUCUGUCUUAUUUUACUCCACCUAUUGAUGAUUAUUCCUCAUUCCUUAUUUUAAGAAAUGUAUAUUUUAUGGGUUAUUGUCGUUAUUAUUAUUAUUCCUUGAAUUUUCUUCAAUUUUUUUUGGAGGGGGAGGGUCCAUAGGGUGGGAGGGAAUGAGAAGAAAAUGUAGCUGGUUUGUUAUAUAUAUCUUUUUUUUUUUUUUUUUUUUUUUUUUGUUGAUGGACACUUGAAAUGUAAUUGGUCCCUAAGCUGCUCCUAAUGCUGAGCCCGCCUGUUUAGAGUCGUCAGCCUUGUCCGGAGCCGACUUUCCCACCUCUCCUACGCUAUGCCUGUGACGAUGAAUUCAGAUCUUUGAAAGAAAAACAUGGAUAGGCUGAAAAACAAAAAGGCCAAACCUGUUUUUUUUUAAGGGGGUCUGAAGGGGG